ACCCUCGCGACCAGUAGGAAAUGCAAGCGCGUCCAGUCUGAGCCCUAGGGCGACAGUAGACUCCCAGCAACAUGCAAAGCUUUCUUUUGACUUAGCCUGCUAUAACUUGAGGCCAUAAAUAUCAUGGCAUUUGAGUUUGUAUCAGCGCUGGCGGAGCAGCGGUACACGGAAUGCGCGAAAGUCCUCGACGCGUCAAUUGCCGCUUGCGACCCAGGGGAUGCGCAAGGCCGCGCUGAGAUGCUGGUAAACCGAGGAUACUGUCACCAACGCGUACAGCUCUACCGCAAAGCUUUGAAGGACUAUGAUGCUGCACUCGAAGCGGUGCCCCGCCUGCCCAUCGCGCUCUACCGCAAGGGCCAGGUGCUGGCAGCCCAGAAGAAGUACGAGGAAGCGCGCGCGGUGUGGAACGAGGCGCUCCAGGCCUGUAGCGAGCGCAGCGAUGCGCAGCUGGUCAUGGACAUCAGCGCCGCGAUCAAGGACCCCACCGGCGUAAAGGUCGGGUUGGACGGUCCGACGAGCCGCAGCCCUGCGCAAGAGCAGAACGGCGUGGGAGGGCGGGCAGUGUUGGGCUUGCAAGUCGUGAGCAUCCUACUGCUGGCCGUGUUGGUUGCCGGACAGUAUCAGCUGCUCUCGCAUAAGGCUGGCCUUAGCGCCGUGGUGGGACCGCUCUCGGCAGAUGUCGCCAAGGCGGCAGCGCCGGCAGCGGCCUCGACCUCCUCGUGGGCGCCAGCGACGCCCAACCCGUCACCCUCAUCCAACGGCGGGGCCGCGCCCGCGCCUGCGGCUCCUGCACCCAGCAGUUCGUCAUCCGCCACCACAAGCCCGGCCGAUGCAGCAGGGCCGUCCAAACCUGCAGCGCCAGCGGCGGAGCCUGCAGCCCAGCAGAAAGCCGGCGCAGCCACAGCGGCACCCUCCACUGGCCGCGGCGGUGUUGCGUCCACGUCAGCGCCCAGCAGCAGCAGUACCAGUAGCAGCAGCAGCAGCAGCAGCAGCAACGGCGGCGCAGCCAGCAAACCUUCCUCCAAGUCGGCGAGCCCGCCGCCGCCGGGCCCGUCGAAAGGGCCCGCAGCAGCGGCGAGCACUGCAAGCAGUAGCAGCAGUAGCAAGGCGGCGGCGGCGGGCGCUGUGGGCGAGUGUGAUGUGGAGGAGGUGGACUGUGUGGCGCAGCAGAAGGCGGCGCGGGCGGCAGCAGCGGGCGGGCCGGGCGGCGCGGCGUCGCCGGACAUGCAGACCGUGCUCAACAACUCCAUCGCCAUACAGCUGGCGGUGACGCAGAUCAACAGCGGCAGCAUCGUGGAGGCGGAGGCCAUCCUGGACAAGGUGCUGGUCAAGACGCCGCGAGAGCUGGGCGCGCGGGUGGCGCGAGGCACGGCGCGUGCGCUGCGGCGAGACCUGGCCGGCGCGGUCGAGGACUUUGGCGUGGCCAUCGAGGUGGAGCCGCGCUACGCCGACAGCUGGAAGCGGCGCGGCCAGGCGCGGUCCGCGCUGGGCGACCACGAGGGCGCGCUAGCGGACCUGCAGAAGGCCAUUGACCUGGCGCCGCUGUUUGGGGGGCCCGACUCGGCGCAGAGCCGCGCCGAGUGCUACGUGGAGAAGGGCAUGAUCUACCAGAAGAUGCGCGACUACCGCCGGGCCUGCCGCGAGCUGCAGCAGGCGGUCAAGCUGGACGGAAGCAAUGCGCAGGCCUGGAACGUGCUGGGGCUGUGCUCCACCAGCCAGGGCGACAUCCGCGACGGCGUGCGCGCGUACGAGAAGGCCGUGGAGCUCAACCCCAAACUCAAGGAGGGCUGGGUCAACAUGGGCCAGGCGCUCAAGGAGGAGGGCCGCACCAAGGAGGCGGAGCGGGUGCUGCUCAAGGCGCUGGCGCUGGACCCGCCCGACCAGCCGGCAGUGCACGUGCUGCGCGUGCUGGCGCAGAUGAAGCAGCAGAAGGGCGAGCACGCCGCAGCCAUCAAGCUGCUGGACCGGGCGCUGCCGGUGGCGGAGGCGCGGGACGAGCAGGUGAUUGAGGUGUUGUACCUGCGCGCCAUCUGCUACCACGCGCUGGGCGCCGCGCGGGAGGCGGUGCGCGACUACGACGACUGCCUGGGCCACGUGCCCAAGACCGGCAUCGCCAACGUGUCGGAGGAGGCGCGGCAGUUUCAGUUCCUGUCCUUCUACCAGAAGGACAUCGCGCUCUAUUUCUACCACUCGCUCGAGCGGCGCGCAAAGGACUUCUGCCCCGACUCAGAGCUGCCAGCCGUGUUCAAGGAGCUGUGGUGCAAGAAGGGUCCACCCACGGCGGAGCUCAUCUCGCACUUCCCGCCACAGCCGCCGCUGCCGCUCACGCCCGCGCCGCUGCCGCCCGUGAGCCCAGCCGAGAUGGAGCGGCUGCGGCCGCUGACGGCCGCCGCCGACCAGCUGGGCGUGCUGCUGCAGAACCACCACCAGGGCUUCCUGCCCAACGUGCGGCAGCAGCGCGCGGCGGGCUACGCCGCAGUGGAGCUGGCGCAGGCGCUGCGCGAGGUGGUGGCGGCGCGGCGCGCGGGGCGGCAGGUGUGGGUGCGCAGCGAGGGCAGCAGCGGCCAGGCGGGCAGCGCGGGGCGGCACCUGUUCGGCUGGCGCGACGCCAUGGACAUCGUGGUCAAGUGGCGGCAGUUGUCGGAGCCCAACGACCAGGUGGUGUGGGUGGACCUGCUCACGCGGCGCGAGUUCGAGCAGGGCUUCGGAAGCCACACGCCCAUGUUCAGCGGCCAGACCAAGUGCGUGCGCUACUACAUGAACUUUGCGCGCGCGCUGGAGCUGCAGAAGGAGGUGUUGCUGCGCGAGGGCCACGCCUUUGACGCCAACAACAACACCAUCCCGGUCGGCAGCGAGGCGAAGCGCGCCGCCAUCCGCGCGGCCAGGACGGCGGAGGACAUGUACCAGGUCCUGCAGCAGGACAGCUGGGUGGUGGUGCCCAUCCACUCGGUGGCGCGGGCGGAUCACAUGAUGGAGGGCACGCGGCUGACACUGGUGCGCGUGCCCAACCAGCCCGACGCCUACGAGUUCUCCAUCCGCACGCCCGUCACGCCGCCGCGCUGGAAGGACUUUGACGCCGAGCUGGAGGCGGCGUUCGAGGGCAUACUGGCGGCCUUUGCGGAGGAUGACCUGCCGCUGCUGGCCAGCCGCAUCAUGACCUACUGCUACUACUGGUACAACUUCAUGCCGCUGGCGCGCGGCACCGCGGCGGUGGGCUACACCACCAUGCUGGGGCUGUUCUGGGGCGCGGGCAUGCCCGUCACCGCCACCAUACCCAAGGACUACCAGGUGGACUGGGAGGCCAUCCUGGCGCAGCACCCCGACCAGUUCACCGCCUCCGUCAGCGCCUGGCUGUACCCGCCGCAGGCGCGCGGCCAGGUGGCGCCCGCGGCGGAGCUGGAGGCGGCGGCUGGCGGCGGCAAGGCGCCCGUGUUCCCGGCCAUUGACGCGCUGCCGCCUGUGUCCGAGGUGCUGGGCACCGUCCGCCAGCGCAUCUUCGCGCUGAACGGGGAAAACAGCAAGCGCUACGUGUAGUGUACGGUAGCCGAACGCAGUUAGAUCGUGUAAGAUUUUGCGUUCCGGAGUGGCAGUCGAAGGGAGUGGGUUAGCAGCAGGCACCCUUUGGUCAGUACGGUCACUGGUGUAGUUCCGAGUUUCCAACCAACGUGCGGUGCCGCGACUGUGGAGGUGCAGGAUGGGGGCAGCUUAUACUUGUUACGAUAGAACCUUGCAUUCGAUGUGCAGCCGUGUGGUGGCAGGCGCAUACUGGCAUACGUCUUGAGCUUGGCGAUGUGUCGGGCUUGAACCUCGCCAUGCGAGCACUGAGUUGCAGGCGAGGGUCCAGACAGGCAGUGAGGCAGGGCGAGGGCCGUGGGGGAGGGCCGUAUGGUUCCCUGAUGUAAGGAACUGUGCAC